AUGAGCCCUGCCUACCUCUCUCUGGUGUCCCCACUUUUCCCACAAGCUCCCUGUUUCUGCAACUUGCCUGAUACAUUCACCUGCCAGUCCACUCCACGGUCAAAAUUUCCCCACUCGAACUCUGAACUAUCACCUGUGAACACGGUGCGUCAUGGUUUCCCUUACCAGCCCACUGCUUUGGCCUUUGACCCUGUGCAGAAGAUCCUGGCCAUUGGCUCUAGGACAGGCGGAGUACGGAUACUGGGACGACCCGGGGUAGACUGCUACUGUCAGCAUGAGAGCGGAUCAGCUGUUCUUCAACUGCAGUUCCUCAUCAAUGAGGGGGCGCUAGUUACAGCCUGCGCAGAUGACACACUUCACUUGUGGAAUCUCCGUCAGAGACGACCGGCUGUCCUCCAUUCACUCAAAUUCAACAGAGAGAGGAUCACGUUUUGCCACCUUCCUUUUCAAAGUAAAUGGCUGUACGUGGGGACAGAGCGUGGAAACACACACAUCGUCAACAUCGAGUCCUUUAUUUUGUCUGGAUACGUCAUCAUGUGGAACAAGGCCAUAGAACUAUCAACUAAAACUCAUCCAGGACCUGUGGUUCAUUUGAGUGACAGCCCAAAGGAUGAAGGCAAGCUGCUUAUAGGGUUUGAGAGCGGUACGAUUGUACAAUGGGACCUCCGGGGCAAGAAGGCUGACUUCAGAAUCUACUACGAUGAGGCCAUCCAUUCAGCCAGCUGGCAUCACGAAGGGAAGCAGUUCAUGUGCAGUCACUCAGAUGGCAGCCUGUCGAUGUGGAACCUCAGAAACACCUCCAAGCCAUUCCAGGUCACCUUCCCUCACGGAAAGAUACAGAAGGAUGGGAGAAAGGAGUCAUGUAAACCCAUACUCAAAGUGGAGUACAAGACUUCGAGGAACAGCGAGCCUUUUGUUAUCUUCUCCGGUGGUCUUUCAUAUGACAAGGCAGGUCGACGGCCAACAUUAACCAUCAUGCAUGGCAAGGCCAUCACUGUGCUGGAGAUGGACUACCCUAUUGUAGAGUUCAUGGCACUCUGUGAGACUCCUUACAACAACGAAGUCCAGGAGCCUUUCGCAGUGGUGGUGCUUCUGGAGAAGGACUUAAUCGUAGUGGAUCUGACACAGAGCAACUUCCCUGUCUUUGAGAAUCCUUACCCCAUGGACAUCCAUGAGUCUCCAGUUACCUGCACAGCCUAUUUUGCAGAGUGCCCACCUGACAUUAUUCCCAUCCUCUACUCGAUAGGAGCUAAACACAAGAAGACCGGCUACAGCCAAAAGGAGUGGCCAGUUAGCGGGGGAACGUGGACGUUAGGCUCCCACACCUACCCAGAGAUCAUCAUCACAGGACAUGCUGACGGAUCAAUUAAGUUCUGGGACGCAUCUGCAAUCACACUACAGAUGUUGUAUAAGCUGAAGACCUCCAAAGCAUUCGAGAAGCCUAAGCCAGGCGAGGGCAGGGCGGCCGAGUUGGUAGAGGAAGACCCCUUUGCUGUUCAAAUGGUCAGCUGGUGCCCGCAGAGUCGCAUCUUCUGUGUGGUCGGCAUCUCAGCCCACAUCAUUCUGUAUCGCUUCAGCAAAUACGACGCCAACACUCAGAUAGUGUCACUAGAGGUGCGCUUACAGUGUGAGACAGAGGACGUCAUCUCUCCCUCUGAGAAUGAAAACAAUCCUUGCUUCUCAGAGUCGGGCUCCCACUCACCUCAGCACCACCACCAACACCCAGCCAGCCCAGGCAGUGGGACACCUGAGGGGAACAAAGACUGCAGCCCCUGCCUUAAGGUGAAGGAGCGAAUGGUUCGGGUCCCUCCUGGCUACCAGGCAGAGCUGGUCAUCCAGCUGCUGUGGGUAGAUGGAGAACCUCCGCAACAGAUCACCAGCCUGGACAUUAACUCUGCCUACGGCCUUUUGGCGUUUGGCAACUGUAAUGGCCUGGCGGUGGUGGACUACUUGCAGAAAACCAUCCUGUUGUGUAUGUCGACACUGGAUCUGUAUGGAGCCGCCGACCCCUACCAGCGCCUUACCCGCUCCCCCCGCAGGAACAGACAGUCCACCUCAGAGUUUUGCAUGCGUGGCCUGUCUAACUUUUAUUCAGAUUCAAAGAAAAGGAUCCGUACAUCCUAUCAGAGCCUUACUGAACUCUCUGACAACCAGCAGUCCAUUGACAUGGAGAGAAGCAAGUCACCCACCUCAGUUCAUUACCCAACCUCCCUUCACAAUGACCCGCGUGUCCUGCCAGAGCCUGUGGCCAGUCUGAGAGCCAGCCACUGCAGUCCAGUCUUUUACUUGCUGGACAAUGUAAAGGGGCCCGGCAGAAAGUUAAGUCUGCCAACAGAUCUUAAGACUGAUCUUGAUCAUGUCAAUGGACAUUGCACUAGCCCCACCUCCCAGCCCUGCUCGGCAGGGAAGCCUCGCGUCCCGAUGGGUCCUGAGGGGCCAAGGCUUACCCGCAGAGGCCCUGGCCGACCGCCCUUCCGCAAGGCCCAGUCCGCUGCUUGCAUGGAGAUCUCUUUGCCUGUGUCCCACACUGAAGGUUAUGCAUCCAGGAGGGCAAUGCUUCAGCAGUUACAUGGAGUCACUAUGUACUCCCAUGACGAGCACCACACCACCGCCCCCUACUGCUGGAGUGAGAGAGAGAGUCGCGAAAACUCCUUCAGCCGUUCACGCAGUUCCAGUGUGUCCAGCAUCGACCGAGACACCAAAGAGGCUGUCACCACACUGCAGUUCGGAGAGUCCUAUGGGCGCAAGAGUGAUGCCCUGCCCACUCCAUGUCUGUGGGUGGGCACCAGCUUAGGUGUGGUCCUGCUCAUCCCAAUGUCCAUCCCCAUCGACCACGAGGAGAGAAUGGAGGAACCUGUGACCAUUGGCCCCAGCGGUGCGGUCCUGAUGCUGAAGGGCUCAGUAUUGCGCUUUGGCUUCUUGGACUGCAUGGGAGCACUUAUUCAGAGCCCCUACGAGGUCUGGCGGGACCUCAAUGCCUCCGAGGACCCUGACCGAGUGCGGAAGCGCAAGCUGGUCCACUUUUCACCAUCAUCCUCCCAGGACACCUUGGGAGAGGGGCAUCUGGCUGUGGUGUGCUCCGAGAGGCAGGCCAAAGUAUUCCUGAUGCCCUCGCAGUCAUGCCUCUUUGUCCACAACAUCACCGAGUCAUCAUUUGUACUGCGAGCCGACGUGGUAUCUGUGUGCAACAGUGUGUGCCUGGCCUGCUUCUGUGCUAACGGACACGUCAUGACACUCAGUUUGCCCAGUCUAAGACCACUGAUGGAUGUCAAUUACCUGCCUCUGACAGACAUGCGCAUUGCAAGAACCUUUUGCUUCACCAACGGGGGGCAGGCUCUAUACCUAAGCUCCCCGACAGAGAUUCAAAGAAUUACAUACAGCCAGGAGAUGUGUGACAACCUGCAGGAGAUGCUGGGGGAGCUUUUUACACCAAUAGAAACACCAGAAGCCCAGAACAGAGGCUUCCUAAAGGGCUUCUUUGGAGGAAAUUCUCAUAACUUCGACAGAGAGGAGCUCUUUGGUGAGGCAGCAGCUGGGAAGGCUUCUCGGAGUCUGGCCCAGCACAUCCCUGGGCAGGCGGGGAUGGAGGGCAUGAAGGUGGCAGCUGGUGGAGCUGUGGGUGAGCUGGCACGGGCCCGCAUUGCGCUGGAUGAGAGAGGCCAAAGGCUGGGGGAGCUGGAAGAGCGAACCGCCCUAAUGAUGACCAGUGCAGAAACCUUCUCCAAACAUGCUCAUGAGCUGAUGCUAAAGUGCAAAGACAAGAAGUGGUACCAGUUCUAAUCGCAGGAAAGAGGGCUGAGGCUGCCCUUGGACUGCUGGGAGCUUUAUGCCGGAACAGGGACUUUCACUCUACAAAUGAGAGCAAUUAAAAGAGAGACUCAAGAGUGACUUUGUCUUUACGGCUUCUGGACUGGCUACUGCACUGUCACAUUGUUGAAGGACGAGGACGUGUUAGCUCCUUGUCUAGACGUGAAGUGAUGACGACAGAAAGAGAAUGGCGAACGGCAACAUU